AUGAUCAUAGCUGCUGUUAUUACUGUUCCAUUGGUUCUUCAUUUUACCCAACACAGCAAGCAAAUGACAUUAUCAAAUCAAACAGCAACACAACAGAAUACUUCAAACAUUUUGUCAGAAAUACAUGGCGUUUUGGAAAAUGCAGAAAAUAAUACGGGUACUAGUAUGGUAAAUAAUUCGAUCAUAACAACUGCGGGUAUGGCAAAUGCUACUACAAAAACAACUACUAAUGUCGCAAAUACUUCAGCAACCACGGUUAUGACAAAUGCAACUACAAAAACAACUGUUGGUGUUGGAAAUACUACAACAAUCAGUACUGUUAUACCACAAAAUUCUACAGCUGCCAUUCCUACUACAAUAGUUACUUCAUCAAUGAUAAAAACUCAAUACUCAUCAGCUUUGACUAUCAACAGUCAAAUAUAUUGUCGUGAAGGCCCUUGUUCAAUACCAAACACUUAUUUUCAAGCUAUUCAGCUGAAUGUAUCUAUGAGUGGAAACUAUACUUUCGUAUCCAAUAGUUCCAUGGAUACAUAUGGUUUUUUAUAUUAUAAUACUUUCGAUCCCAACAAUUCAACUGCAAAUCAAAUCACAUAUGAUGAUGAUGAUGGUGGUGCCCAUCAAUUCAAGUUUACAGCAUAUCUUCAAACAUUAACAAGAUAUAUUCUAGUUGCAACAACAUAUCAUUCAAAUACAAUAGGACCUUUCACUAUUAUAGCAACAGGUGUGGCACCAGUCAGCCUUUCUUCAAUAAAUGUGUCAAGUAGUUCAUCAUUUGUGUUUUCACAAUAUUCAUCAGCUUUGAACAGUAGUAGUGCUACAUAUUGUCGAACAGGUAAUUGUUCCAGUUCAGAGUAUUAUUAUUAUUCAGUUAUUCUUAUCAAUUUUAAUACAAGUGGAAAUUAUACAAUUAUCUCUCAAAGUAAUAUGGAUACAUAUGGAUAUAUUUACAGUAAUAGCUUUAAUGCUUCUGUUCUAUCGCAAAAUAUGAUAUCAUAUGAUGAUGAUGAUCAUAUUGAUAACAAUAACCAAUUCAUUUUUAAUUUAUUUAUUGAUACUAUAGCAAAGUAUAUUUUAGUUGCUACAACAUAUGCCUCAGAUACGGUAGGCGCAUUUUCAAUCAUAUCAUAUGGUCCUGGACCUGUUCAAUUUAUUAUCCAACAAUAA